GGAAAAUGAAAGCAGGUGAUGCGGAAGGAGAAGUAGGUCAGGCGAGCUCUGGCCUCUCCCAGCAGGCAGGCUCAGGGUGUGCGUGCACUGCUGCUGCCGGCUUGUCCCCGCUGCUCCAGCCUGGGCCCCGAUGGGCAGCACCUGGCAAGCCUGGUGAGUACGAGGAUGGGGAGCCCUGAGGAUGACCUGAUCGGCAUCCCCUUCCCGGAGCACAGCAGCGAGCUACUGAGCAGCCUGAACGAGCAGCGCCAGCUCGGGGUGCUGUGCGACGUGACCAUCCGGAGCCAGGGGCUGGAGUACCGCACCCACCGGGCCGUGCUGGCCGGCUGCAGCCGCUACUUCAAGAAGCUGUUUGCGGGGCCGGGGUCGGGCCCGGGGCAGGAGGUCUGCGAGCUGGACUUCGUGGGGCCCGAGGCGCUGGGUGCGCUGCUGGAGUUCGCGUACACGGCCACGCUCACCAUCAGCAGCGCCAACAUGGGCGAGGUGCUGCAGGCAGCCCAGUUGCUGGAGAUCCCCUGCGUCAUUGCAGCCUGCGUGGAGAUCCUGCAGGGCAGUGGGCGGGAGGCACCCGGGCCCGAUGACGGGGACUGCGAGCGGGCCCGCCGCUACCUCGAGGCCUUUGCCACCCUGCCGGACGUGGCUGGGGCCCCCCUGCUCCCCGCCCGCCCAGCCCCCCGCCGCAGCAAGAAGACCCGCAAGUUCCUGCAGGCUCGAUCCUCCCGGCUCAAUCACCACGCCGAAGAGCCGGGCCCCGGCAGCCCCUUGCCCGAGCCUCGGGAGCCAUCUCCCCUGCUGCCCCCGGCGCCCGAGGGCCUGGCCCAGCCCUAUGAGGGCUACGAGGCAGCUGAGGAGGAGGAGCUGCCCCCGCACCCCUACCCCUACCCGUAUCCGUACCCCUACCAGCCAGCCCUGUCCCCCGAGGACGCCGGCUCCGACGAGGACCCCAUUGAUCCUGACCUCAUGGCCUACCUGAGCUCCCUGCAACAGGAGCCCCUGGCCCCCGGCCUGGACAGCCCCGACAAGCUGGUGCGCAAGCGCCGCUCCCAGAUGCCCCAGGAAUGCCCCGUCUGCCACAAGAUCAUCCAUGGUGCGGGCAAGCUGCCCCGACACAUGCGCACCCACACCGGCGAGAAGCCGUUCGCCUGUGAGGUGUGCGGCGUCCGCUUCACCCGGAACGACAAGCUGAAGAUCCACAUGAGGAAGCACACGGGCGAGCGGCCCUACUCCUGCCAGCACUGCAGCGCCCGCUUCCUGCACAGCUACGACCUGAAGAACCACAUGCACCUGCACACGGGCGCCCGGCCCUACGAGUGCUACCUCUGCCACAAGGCCUUCGCCAAGGACGACCACCUGCAACGCCACCUCAAGGGCCAGAACUGCCUGGAGGUGCGGACGCGCCGGCGCCGCCGCGAAGAGCCGCCCCCGCCCCCUGCCGGCCCCCAGGGUCUCGACCUGUCCAACGGGCGCCUGGAGAGCCUGCGCCUCUCGCUGGCCCGCUUCUGGGACCCACCCCGCGCCCCCCCGCCCAAUGAGGACGAGGAGGAGGAGGAGGGGGAGGCAGAGGAGGGGCCGCAGCUGGACGGGGCUGUCCCCCUGGAGACAGCAUAGGGCCCCGCCCCAGGCGGGUGGCCAGAGGCACUAUCCCCAGGGCAGGCGCUGCCCUGGUGGGGGGCUGCUGCAGGCAUAGCCCCAGCAGCUCCUGCUCCGGGGUUGGGAGCGGCCUGGGCAUGCGCUGGGUGGGGUGGAGGCCCAGCGUCCCCUGGGGAUAGUGCAUCACGGCGCCCCCAGCUGGAGCACACGGACCCUGCCCUGGCGGGAGUGGGCAUAAGAAGCAAUAAGGACCGUCUGGGGCUUUUGGGCAUGUGGGUCUUGGGGGGAGGCAGGCGGGGCUGCCUGGGGAGUAUGUCUCAGCUCUCCUGGAGCAGGGGCUCUGGGCUGGGCCUCGUCUCCUUCUUGUGUCUCACUGCUCUUCAAAGGGCUGGCGGAGGACUGGGAACAAGACUCCUGGGUUCUGGGAGAGGAGGGGGACUGGUGGGUUAGAAUGGAGGGGCUGGGAGCCAGGACUCCUGGGUUCUGUCCCCAGGUUGGGGCGGGGCUGCAGCCUGACCCUGCUCCCUGGGCGGGAAGCCAUUCCCCACACAAACUGUCUCUCACUUGACGACGCAAGUUUCUGUUCCUGUUUUUCCCGUCGCUGUUUGUUCUGAAUUAUGCAAAGGGGGAAACUCCCCCUGGCGGAUUUGCACAAUGAAAUGCUGGGGGGGCCUCGCCCUGCCCCUCCCCAUAGCCUGGGGGGCAGUGCCAGGUGCUGGCUGCUGUGCCUGCACUGCCCAAGGGGGGGUGAGAAGGGAUCUCACGGUUCUGCCAGCUCACAGCCCCUCCCUGCUGGCUGGUGCUCAGAGCUGGGGGGGAGGGCAGCGUGUCCACACCGACCCAGCUGGCAGGGAGCCACGAGCCCUGCGGGUGGGACAGGCUGUACCUGGAGCCAGCUUGUACCAGGUGCCCCUUCCCUGUAUGAAUCAGGUGCAUUUAACCCUCAGUGUGCCAGGCCUGGCUGCGCCCCCCUGCCCUGGGGUGUCGCGCGCCCUGACAGCUGGCCACGGGGCGCCACCUGGUGGCCUUCCUGAUGCAUGUGGCUGGCCCUGUACCCCACAGAACUGGCUCUGCAGGGUGGGGACUUCACUCCCCCAUUCCUGUGGGUUUGGCUGGCAGGGCUUGGGGAUGUGGGGGUCACUUGGGGAUGUGCUGGGGAGAGCUGUGCUGCCCCCACCCCCCUGUGCAUUAGCCAGCCCCUGGUUUUUAAAGCUGUAUGUCUUCAUUUCCCGGCUCGGCGCUGGAGGGAGGAAAAGUGCUUAGUGCCCUGGGGCACAGCUGGUGUCCCCGAGUGCCCCCCUGGCUUUCUCAGCCCCCCCCCUUGUAAAUAGCUUGUGGAAUAGAGCCCCCUGCCCCCAGCUGUCCACUGCAGGGAAAUGCAGAUCUAAGGUGUCCUCUGCACCUCCAUGCCUUAACUAAGGGGCUGCCCCCCCGGGCCUCACUCGCCCCUGCACUCCUUGCUGCUUUCUCUGGUUGCACUAUUUGGGCAAGUUGGCCCAGGAAAGGGAGGGGGCCUGUUCUGUGCGCUGGGGGCCGCCCCCUCCUGCGGAGGCAGAGGAGCCCCAGGGACCACCCCAGAGCUGUGGCUUUUCCCCCUCGAGGGGCAUCUCUGCUGUUUGCACAUUCCCGUCUGCCCUGGCAGCAGCGCCCCUAGCCCCUGGAGCACCCGGGGAGUAUUAGCCCCAGAUCAGAGCUGAUCUAUAUUUAAAGAGAUGAUGUAAUAUAUUUCUUCCCCUCCUAGCCCCCAGUGCUGUCUGCCGUCAUUGUCAGUCCUGGGGGCGGGGGUGGGGGGCCUGGCCUGGCCUGGCUUUAAAGUGCCUUAUGGUGAACUUGAAAUCUUGGCUACUUGAACUUCUCUAGUGGAAAGAAAGCAAAGUACAGCUAGAGUCAGCGGGAGCUGCCCAGGGUCGGCCCCGCAUGCGCUUUUCGGUUCCUGUUGUUAUUUUGAUUUUUAAAUGAAGGCUGCUUGACAAUAAAUGGAGAAGCAGGGA